GUCAGCUCUGGCCCCGGGCUGUGGGCGUGUCCCGGUGACGUCAGUCAGUGCUAGGCGCCGCCCUUGCCGUGAAGCCGGAAGUGUUUAGUGAGCGGGAUGGAGAGCGGGGCGUACGGUGCGGCCAAGGCCGGGGGCAGCUUCAGCUUCGAGUCCUUCCUCAGGCGGCCGGAGACGGUACUAAGGGUGGCCAGCGCGGUGAGUAACUGGGGAUAGUGGGAGUCAGAGUCCGGGGGAUAGUGGGAGUCAGAGUCCGGGGGAUAGUGGGAGCCAGAGUCCGGGGAUAGUGGGAGCCAGGAGUCCGGGGGGAUAGGAGUCAGGAGUCCGGGGAUAGUGGGAGUCAGAGUCCGGGGAUAGUGAGCCGAGUCCGGGGGAUAGUGGGAGUCGGAGUCUGGGGGAUAGUGGGAGGGGAUUUGGAGUCUGGGGGGAUAGUGGGAGUCAGAGUCCGGGAGAGUGGUUUUGAGUCUGGGGAUAGUGGGAGUCAGGAGUCCGGGGGAUAGUGGGAGUCGGAGUCUGGGGGGAUAGUGGAGUCGGAGUCUGGGGGGAUAGUGGAGUCGGGGGAUAGUCGGAGUCGGGGGGGAGGGGGAUAGUGGGAGAUGCAGUCCCAUGGGAUAAUAAUAAUGUAGACCAGGGCUGCCUAUUAGUUAGAUCCCCAGGUGGUUUAAAACUACAACUCCCAUGAUGCUUUGCAGCUAGAAUGACAAGGCAUCAUGGAAGCUGUAGUUUUAACAUCUCUGGGUAUCUACCUAUUGGGCAGCCUCCCUGUAUAGUGACAUAAAACCCCAUUAAACCAUUCAUGGCUGGGUGGGUAUUAAUAACCCCCUCAUUAACCCAUUCAUUGCUAGGUGGGUAUUAAUAACCCCCCCCUCAUUAACCCAUUCAUUGCUAGGUGGGUAUUAAUAACCCCCUCAUUAACCCAUUCAUUGCUAGGUGGGUAUUAAUAAAUCCCCAUUAACCCAUUCGCUGCUAGGUGGGUAUUAAUAAAUCCCCAUUAACCCAUUCGCUGCUAGGUGGGUAUUAAUAAAUCCCCAUUAACCCAUUCGCUGCUAGGUGGGUAUUAAUAAACCCCCAUUAACCCAUUCGCUGCUAGGUGGGUAUUAAUAAAUCCCCAUUAACCCAUUCGCUGCUAGGUGGGUAUUAAUAAAUCCCCAUUAACCCAUUCAUUGCUAGGUGGGUAUUAAUAAACCCCCCAUUAACCCAUUCACUGCUGGGUGGAUAUUAAUAACCCCCCAUUAACCCAUUCACUGUUACUAUUUGGAGAGAAAGGUGACGUGUUAUUAGUAUCCAGGUGCUGCAGGGCCUGGACUGUGACUUUAAUUUGCUAACUUUAAAUGCUGGGCUGUGACUUUAAACAGUUUAUAUGGGCUGUGAUGUUAAAUGCUGGGCUGUGACUUUAAAUGGUUUAUAUGGGCUGUGAUGUUAAAUGCUGGGCUGUGACUUUAAAUGGUUUAUAUGGGCUGUGAUGUUAAAUGCUGGGCUGUGACUUUAAAUGGUUUAUAGGGGCUGGGCUGUGACUUUAAAUGGUUAACAGGAUUAGGUAUGAAUUACUGUUUACUUGCACUGCUGGCUCUCAGUCCCAGCAGCAUGUGAUACAGAGCUUGUCAUUCCAUUCCUUCCUGCUCUGUACAUGGGAAACAAUAAUAAGCUGCCUGCUUGCAGUCAGGUGAUCUGUGGCCAGUGUAGGAUUUCCUGGAUAUCACACAGCAGAUUGCUUCACAGUGAGAUCCUUUCACACAAAUCCAUCCGUGCACUCACAUAAGGGGCCGCUAUCUGUGCGCUCACAGCGCUGUCAUUCUACUUAGCCAGCCUGGAAGCCAUGUUUGGUGUGGCUAGGCAGCCUGGAAGCCAUGUUUGGUGUGGACGGGCAGCCUGGAAGCCAUGUUUGGUGUGGACGGGCAGCCUGGAAGCCGUGUUUGGUGUGGACGGGCAGCCUGGAAGCCGUGUUUGGUGUGGACGGGCAGCCUGGAAGCCGUGUUUGGUGUGGACGGGCAGCCUGGAAGCCGUGUUUGGUGUGGACGGGCAGCCUGGAAGCCGUGUUUGGUGUGGACGGGCAGCCUGGAAGCCAUGUUUGGUGUGGACGGGCAGCCUGGAAGCCAUGUUGGCUGACGAUAGGCGCUGGACGUGGAGUAAAUCCCAGGAAUUAAACUAAAAUAUCUCUGUGGUGAAACAUUGCAUCAUAGCCACAUGCAGACGUGGUUUUAGUGCUUAGUAACCCUUUUGUGUCGUCUUUAUAAGUUAAUCCAAUUUUAAAGUCUGCUCAAAGAAACUGUACCACUUGCACCCCAAGGUUCUUUUUAAAUAAUAAAGUUUUUAACCUUUUGAACAACCAACAACAGAAUAAUCUGGUCGUAACAAAGUCGCCUGUAUAGCUCUUAUGGGAACAUUAUUUGUGUGUAUUAUUUUUUUUUUGUCAGUCUGCAAGGAAAGGGUCUUUGGACCAAAACCACCAUCAAAUGUACUGUUUUUGGUGGUAAGUUUCCCUUUCAGGUAUAAACAUCAAAUGGGCCUUGCAUAUUAUAAUAUGGUCACGUGAUCUGAGCAUUGACCCCAGACGUGUUAAAUAAGCUGGUGUCAGUUAUGUUCAGCAGGGGGGGAGGGCACACAUUCACUCAUGGUUUGGGGCAGUCAGUCGUCAGCUGAUCUCCGCAAUCCACACACAAGUUACGGUGUCGGUUAUAGUUGAAAGUCCCCGUAUUCUGCUUUGCAAUGUUUGUCUUGCUGUGUUGAAUCUAACCGGAAUUGUAGUGUGGCUGAAACUACUUCUUGUGGGGAUAGAUCUGACACCAAAUCCAUGGCCCUCCGCACCGAGAGCCCAACUGGCUGUCCACCAUGUCUAGGUUAGCAGAAGUUUCUAACCACGAUACUAGAAAACAAUGCCCUCUCGCAGGGAACAAUUGGAUUGUGUGUGUGUUUAAAAAAAAACAAAAAAAACAAACACGAGUACCCCUCAGGGGUGGUGGAAAGACUUUAUUUUAUGGGGGUGUGACUGGGAUCACAUUGCCAGGUUCUGGUGCUUCCAUUGUGUAGUUUGCCAAAAUGACUUAGCGUGUGACUGGAGACUGCUGACUGUCGUUCUCCUCACGUUCACACUAAACGGUGCAAGCAGACUUAUUUCGCAUGAAAACGUGCUCUCUGGUGAUUUGUGUGAAUUGUAAGCUGUGUGCGUCCUGCUGGCUGGCGUUCUGCUCACGUUCACACUAAUGUGAGAAUAUGUGUGUGCACUUUCAGGGAAGGACACUUCUCUCCGUGCCAACCCCAUUACGUUGGAUUUGAUGGUCGGGGAGGGGGAUACUAUGUUUUUACACAUUGAUGAAGAUCCAGGAUAUGCUAUUAUUUGGGCCUCACUGGAUAUUUAUGUGCCUUUAAGACAGGGAAGUUUGAGAGUGCCAAUAUUUGGCACCAGUGUGCAUUAUGGGAAAGUAUAGUUCUUAAACAUCUCACCCUCAUUUCACUGUGUUUGGUUACACUCUCUCCUGGAUGUCGGUAAAACGCAGCAUCCUAUGUUUAAUUAUCUUUAUGCAAACGCUGUAUAUUCACAUGUAAUUUAUAUUUUGUAUUGCAAAGCCCAGUACCUCUCUCCUUGCUGCAUUCUAGUAGUGACGGGCGGUUUGCAGUAUAUUACAGGAUUUCUUUGCAGACUGCGUUUCAUCCCUUAAAGCUGGCAAAGCAUUGUGGACGUUGUCGUUCUUUUGCGUCCACACUUGGUUUGAGAUACGUUGCCGUGCUAAGCCAACCAGUCGUUUGUGGUUGGGGGUCUUUACGCUGGAAAUAUACCAUAUCAAUAUGUUGACCAUGUCUCUCUCUCUCUGUUUCUGCAGGUUUUUGCUAUCAUCGUUUUUGCUUGCAUUCUGACUGAUGGGUAUCCGAGUGACCGGCAAGGACAGGUUUUCUGUAUCUUUGGUGGCAAUGCUGAUGCGUGCAGAUAUGGGAUUGGUAUUGGAGUCAUUGCAUUCUUUGCGUGCGGGAUCUUCCUGUCUCUGGAUGUCUACUUUCCAAACCUGAGCAACAGUUCCCAUCGCAAGUACAUAGUGCAGUCUGACUUUGGCUUUUCCGGUGAGUGAUGUUUCAACGUUAAAUGUGUUUACUUAGAUAUAUUGAUAUUUAGAUGUCAGUGUUCCUUUUUUAAUUUAAGAUUAGGGCCCUCACUGUGUAUUUAAUACUGUUUUUCUUUAAUCCAGUGGUGAGACUGGCUUCUAACCUCCGCUCAUCUUGCCUGCCGUGACAUCAUUGCUCAAAGUGGAAGCAUUGGUUUUAGUGGCAGAGAUAGCAUCUCUCCGAGCUGGCUGAGUUACCACAAGGGUCUACAAAGUGCGCAUUGUUCUCAAGGGGGCUUUACAAUGGUCCUUUCCCUGGGGUCCAGCUGUAAUCAUCUUUAAGAUCUUCUUACUCUGCUCCCUCUCGCACCGUUUUAUGGGGCUGGAGUGAUGUCAUAACCCGGUUCCUGGCAUCAAGGCAGGGUGUGCGAGGGUGCAGUGCUGGAAAAGCCCAGACAUCAACGUUCCCUCGCCGCCUGCCUCCAUUCUCCCUCAGCCGGCUGGGCCGAAGGACCGACAAACACCCGUGCGCCAGGACAUAAUUACUAGUCACCAUGGUGACCUGGUGCCUGAGAUUUGUUGAGCCCUGGGUUAAAACCGGUAACAAAAAGUUUAAACCAAAGUCUGGAUGGCUGUUCCUGAUCACUCUGAUUCCAAGGCUUCAAUCAGGACUGUGCAGUGCAGCCCCCCUCAUUUCUUGCCCUGUCUGAGGUUAAACUGAGUUACAUUCCUGGGUAGGUACUGCUGUUUGCAGCUCCCACUGUUAAUUCAGCUCUAUUACUGAUGUGCUGGCAGAUGAUCUGUUUCUCUCUCUCCCCGCAUACCAUUAAAGGGAGAAGGACAGAGUUAGAGGCAGUAGCUGCAAAUAGCUGUUUAUCGCCCACAAGGACAAACGUUACCGCGUUAAUAGUGGAACUGGGUUUAAAAGGUUAUUUUACAGGUGUGAGCAGAAUGUGGGCUGGCUGUGUUCUCAGUCACGUGACCUGUAUUCUUGGUUUCUUACAGCACUGUGGAGCUUCCUUUGGUUUGUGGGAUUUUGCUUUCUGGCCCAUCAGUGGAGUAUAGAACUUCCUGAACCACCGCUCACUGGACAAAGCAAUGCCCGGGCAGCCAUUGCUUUUAGCUUCUUCUCCAUCCUCUCCUGGGUAAGUUGAAAGGGUUAUUUUGAGUGAGUGGUUUAAAAGAACGUGGUGAAAGGGGGAGGAUACGUCCCAUGAUUGUCCUGGCGUGGAGCUUAAAAAAAAAAAACAAACAAAAAAAACGCUCAUUUAAACUCACCCUGUUUCAGGUUCCCCUUGCAUUACUUGCUUAUAAGAGGUACAGGAUGGGAGUUGCUGAUUUCAAUCCAAACUACGUGGACCCGUCACAGGACACGACUCCUCCAUAUUCCAGCUAUCCGGACGCAGUAACCGACAACUAUCAACAGCCACCAUUUACCAACAACCCAGAUGCAGGGGAUGGUUACAAACCCCCGCUGUACUGAGUAAGGGGAUCCCGUAGGAAAAGCUUGAACAUAGACUGCCAAACUCUGUAUGAGCUUCACACCAGCCGUCCAGCCUGGACCUCUCUGGCCACCAGAUAUCUCUGUGCGUUGAUUGCAGGAGAUGUCUUCGGCACCAAAAUCAUGUGUGUGCACUUUCUCUCUCUGCCAAUCCCGUUAUGCUGGAUCUGAUGGUCGGGGAGGGAGAUACUAUGUUUUUACACAUUGGUGGAGACCCAGGAUAUGUUUUAUUUGUGCCUCACUGGAUAUUUAUGUGCCUUAAAGACAGGGAAGUUUGAGAGUGCCAAUACACAUUAGUCCCAAUUUAUUUUACACAAAAUGCAGCUGGUUUAAGCACUUCCCCUCUAGCCUCCUGCAGUUUGCACACCGUUUGGGCUGAUCCACUUAACCAUGAGCUGUCUGGAAUUCACAUUUUAAGGCAAAAUUAUCUAAAUAUAAAACAUUUUCCAUUCUUGGUGAAUUCCUAAUAAUUUCUGGUUUAGUGAAGACGCCUGCCUUAGGGGUUUAAUCUUUAAACUGUGGGUUUUUGCCAAUUACCUGCUUUGGUCUGAAAUUUGUAAUAUGGUUUUCAAUUAACAAAUUGAUGUUUUUCUUAACAUUGAGAUGUGAUGAGUGACUAAUGACUUUAAUUUAGACUGUUUAAAAAUAGGAGUUUGAGGAUUCCUUGGCCUCUCUAUUCUGGGCUAAAGUUUGCUGCUUGGUGCCAAUCAUGGAAUAACUGUGUGAAUAUACUAUAGAUUAAAUAACCACUGCUCAAUGCUUUGAAUGCUUUGUCCCAAACAGGUUGCACAGGGCUAUUGCAAUAUUGCCUUCUACUCGACUGUAAUAGACGUUAUUUUCACUUUCACAGUUCAGGGGAGGUUUCUUCGCAGUGGGAUUGUAGGGGAGCUAGGUGUUUGUUUGGUGUUGAAAUUAAAGAUGAUCUGUUGCACUUAUUCUGUGUGACUUGUCGGGUAAUUACCCCCCCGCCCCACCACGUUUUCCUGGACACGUCAAAUGCUACCAGUAAGUUAAUCAGGUGAAUCAUGCAGCAUGUGAAUGCUACAUACAGUGCAGUAGGACUUUCAUUACGAAGUUUUGUGGAUCCCAAGAAAUCGUGGACCUGGCAACAUAUCCGACAUCCAUACAUUAAUAGGAAGCAGAACUGUAUAAUGUGAGCAUCUAUCUGCACUGCAACAGGGUGAAAAGUUAUUCAGCGUUAAUUACAAAUUUAAGGUCGUAUUAGCUGAAAUAUAAACAUUCUCUAAGUUGCCUGUUCGACCACUUGGAAUUCCCAUUUACUGAAUAACCCUGUAAGUAAAUAUAUAUAUUUGUUAAACAAAGGGCAGUACUUGUUUCAGAAAACGUAUGUUGGUAAGUUAAAUCUAUAUCGGGCUUGCCUAACGUAUGUGAAAAUUAAGGUAACGUGCGUAAAUAAGGAUAAAAUGCCCAUGUUGUGGUAUCAGGAAAUGAAAUAUCCAAUGCCAGAACCAUAUCAAAACCUUAAAUGACUGAAUCUGCUCUUUUCCAAACUAUUUUAAAUGUCACAGAUCAGCUUUAAUCACAGGACAUGUCUGGUGUGUUUGUGUUUAAUGCAGUGUCUUCUAAUAAAAUGUAUUCACAAAAUCCACUAUGUCCUGGUUUCAUUGACUCC